GCUUUCACAGUCAACUGUUUACGUGAAAAUGUAGAGGUUAAAUUGUCGAUGUGAUGUUCUGGGUAAUGGUAGCAGUUUAUUUUCUAACAAUCUUACCCAAGAGAGAAGGCUUUAGAGCACAGACGCAGCCCGGGUGAGCACAAACGCUGCCUGAAAAACAUCGCUCAGGGAAAAAACAUGAUAAGUAAAAUCACAAAUCCCGGAAAAGGGAAGCGGAAGAUUGAGCCAAAUGUUAAACAAAAGUGAAGUUAGUGAGAUUCAGAAUACCAGAAGUAAACAUAUCGGUAAUUAGCCAUAUACGUAUGAAGAAAAUCGUCUAUAAAUGCAACAUUUGUAAGACAUUAUUCGCGUCAAAAAGUGUCAGUUGAGGUGAAGCACACAGCGGCUAACCAGUAGUUAGCCCCAUCUGACAACAAGACGCUGCAACGCCCCUGAAACUGAUGACAAAAAAGUAUUUAUCGACCAGUCAUCGUUUUUGUGAUGAUUACCUAAAAGUGUCUUCCAAUUUGUGCCAAAACGAGCCGUACUCUCUCAUUUCAGUGAACAAAACUGGAUUUCUGCCCAGUCCUCCUCUCCCUUUCCUGUGCUCUCUGUGAAAUGACCUGACUCUGGGUUCACUGGUUCCAGCAUCAAAUGACAAUGGCCAGAAUAGCCUGGUAUCAAGAGAAGAUCGGGGCCUACGAUCAACAAGUCUGGGAGAAGUCUCUGGGGCAGGCGGAUCUGAAUGGUUUGGACAGCAAACCAAAAAAGACAGGUCACAUCAAGUCAGACCUCAUCGAUGUCGAUUUAGUAAGAGGAUCCACAUUCAGCAAAGCCAAACCAGAGAGUCCCUGGACAGCUCUGACUCGUAAAGGUCUGGUCCGAGUGCUGCUGUUCCCGUUCUUCUUCCAGUGGUGGAUCCAUGUGACCUCCAAGUCCAUCUCCUCAUGUAUCCUCGUGCUCUACUUCAUGCAAGUGGCAGCAGUGGUGCUGUACUUGGAGGUCCCUGGGGCGAGUGCCAGCGAGGUGUUCGGGCCCAUGUGUCUGAUGCUGCUGCUGGGUACUGUGCACUGCCAGAUUGUGUCGACUGAGUCCAGCCGGUGGCCCUCAGGCAGUCCAGCUGCCAGCAGCACCUCCACCAGCCCUGCACGCAGAAGGAGGCCAAGGAAGGGCAGAGGGCAGAAAAAAACUGAAGAGAAGAAUGACAGCGGGGACACAGAACAGCAGGGGCCCUGGCAGUUUGAAGAAAGCCAGCGAUUAUACAGAAACGAGGAGAGGAGGAACAAAAGAAAGUCAGGGUUUGGCGCAUCAGACGAGCUGUCUAGUGAGGAAGAGGAGAUGAUGCAACCAGUGGAAGUGAUUCGUCCACUACCUCAUCAAGAGAGACACCCUGCUACAACCCAGCCAGCAUCUGCACCAUCUGUUAGAAAUAGAAAUAUAAAGUCAAGCCCCAAAGCCACAAUAAGACCUCAGGAAGGGAGCGGGGCUUCCAUCAAGAUGAAACCACGUGAGGUGGAGCGUCUCAGGCCGAGCGUGGGCUCCCGUCCAGCCUCUGACACUGAUGACACGAUGUGGGAGGAGCUUCUCCAAGGACCUGACUCCGCCUCCACGGGGAGCAGUGACAGCGAGGGGAACGGGAGGUACAACGCCGGCAUGACCCUCCCGCAAACCAUCACUCCGAGUAGUGAUGAUGAGAGCCUACAGCAAGGAAUCACGGGACACCAGCUGUCCUGGCUUCAGGCGUGUCACCCAUCCAAGGACCGUGUCAGCGCUAUAAUAUGGGAGCAGGGCGAGUGUAAAAAAGCAGACAUGUCAGUGUUGGAGAUCAGUGGGAUCAUCCUUACACGGGUGAAGUUAGUGGAGCAGGGUGUGGGUUACCUCAUGUUUGGUGGGCUGGUGACCGCAACACUGGCGUUGCUUCCCUUCGCCUUCCACUUGGCUCAGCAUCUGGACAGGUCCAACGUCAGCUCCCUGUCCCCGACGGAACUGUUAGAAAUGGCAGUGGGGCCGCCUGACGCCCAGGCUUACAUCUUCUUCUUCAUCACGACAGUGCAAAGAGUCUGUCUCACAGGACUGUUCUUCUUCAUGAUGUGUGUGGCUGAGAGAACAUACAAACAGAGACUCUUAUUCGCCAAGUAUUUCAGUCACCUCACUUCAGCUCGCAAGGCCAAGAAAUCCGAGGUCCCUCAUUUCAGACUGAAGAAGGUGCAGAACAUAAAGAUGUGGUUGUCGCUACGCUCCUUUCUCAGGAGACGAGGGCCGCAGCGAUCCGUCGAUGUCAUUGUCUCCACUAUCUUCCUUUUAGCACUUUCCAUUUCAUUCAUCAUUUGUGCCCAGCUUCUUCACAGCCACAAGACAUUCCUAGAGUCUCUGACAAACUGGGAGCUGCUGGUGUGGUGCUCCUCCCUCAUCCUCUUUCUGUUGCGGCUGGCCACGCUGGGCUCAGAGACCAACUACAAAUACAGUAACUCCUCAGUGCUGCUCACUGAGCAGAUCAACUUGUAUCUGAAGAUGGAGAAAAAGCCCAAUAAGAAAGAAGAACUCAACAUCGUGAACAAUGUUUUGAAACUAGCUACAAAACUGAUGAAGGAGCUGGAUACUCCAUUCAGACUUCUGGGUCUGACCGUGAACCCUCUGAUCUAUAACAUCACCAGAGUGGUCAUCCUCUCCGCCGUGUCCGCCGUGGUCAGCGACGUACUCGGCUUCAACAUCAGACUGUGGAAGAUCAAGUCUUAAUGUGAAUACAGCGAAAACCACUAAACAGUCGGACACACGGAGACCAGAAGCUCCCUGUGUCUGCUACAGACAGCCUCUCAUCUACAAAAAGUGUGCAAACCUACUGACAGUGUAUUCAAUGUUUGUGCCUUCCAACUGUCUCUGAGUUUCAUCUGUUGGUCAUAAGCCUGAGGUGCUCUGACAAUCGCUCACACACCAUUACUGGCUGCCGAGCUGGUGUAUCAACACACAGUUUCCAUCAGCCACUAACCCAGUGCCUAACCUUUGACCCCUGAAUGUUCCUCAGUAUGUGGUUAAAUAUAGCAGUGAGGCUUCUGUGGCAUCCUGAUUCCUAAGUGUGUCUUGUACAGAUGUUUGGACACAAAAGUGAGAUGUAAAUUAGUUAAUGUCAAUAAUGUAGAUAGUUUUAUUUAGUCUUAUCCACUGAUGUUUCUCAUCAGUGUAGUACAAUUAACUGUAAAACAAGAUAUGUGUUAUCAAAGCCAGUAAAUCAAACUGGGUGACCGGCUGUAUUAAAUUAAUUUCCAUAGGACUCAACCCAGAUUUCAACCUUUUUGUACAAUUUAAAGAGGAAACAUUGUAAGUUGCAAGAUUGUCUUUAUUUAUUUGGCGUUCUGUUUUAGCGCUUAAACUUGUAUCAUGACUCUUUGACCACUAUCUGCCUUUUUGUAUUGCGGACCAUUGUCGAAUAAAAUAACUAUGCAAAGAGGGUAUAGUUAUGCUUAAAGGAAAUGUUUGAUAGAGGUGAAUAAAACAUGUUUUUCAUCCA